AUGGUGCAGACAAUGCUUCCUAAUGAGGUACACCGUCGCUACAGGUCUCUGGACACCAUAGCCUUUUGGAAAGGCACUGAGUACCGAACUUUUCUGCAUUACAUGAGUGUUGUUAUUUAUAAAGAUUAUAUGUUCGAAAAUGCAUAUAAACAUUAUUUGUUGUACUUCUGCGCCAUAACAUUGUUCUCAACAAAGGCACACCAACAGUUCUGGCAAUUGGGCGGUCGACUCCUGACCCUUUUUGUAAAGAAUUUCGAGACAUAUUAUGGUCGGUCUCACUUAACUAGCAAUGUUCAUAAUUUACUGCACGUUUAUUCAGACGUUUUGAACCAUGGAGAGCUGGACAAAUUUUCAUCAUAUCGUUCAGAAAACCAUUACCAACUUUUAAAAAAAUGGGUUCACUCAGGCACUAGAUGCUUAGAACAAGUGGCAAAUAGAGUACAUCAUUUUGCAUCUAUUCACAAUUUUAAGACUUGCACUCCGCCACCAUAUCCAAUAUUAACAAGGAAUCAGGACGGAGUACAUAUAAAUAAAAAUUUUGUCCUUAGGCCGAACAGAAAAGAUCAGUGGUUUCUUACCAGAUCUAAAGGCAUUGUAAAGUUUUUAAAAGUGAGCAACAAUGCUAACCAAACGGUUUUGAUUGGAAGUCAGUUUGAUUGUAUGGCAGAGUUGUUUCAUUUAGAAACAAGUGACGAUAUUGGCCGAAUCGAUCUAUCGUCCUCAGAUUUGCAUAUUUACAAAGUGAAUAAUAAUACCUCAACGAGUUUUGUGGAAGUACCUUUGAAAUCUAUUUUGUGUAAAUUAGUGUGCGUUCCUUUGCCUUCCCGUUCGCUAUCUCGUUAUGUUUUUGAUCCCGAUCUUUCAGCUGAUUUCUGUGCCUUUUUCCCAUUAUUACAUACUUUCCAGUGA